AUGGGCAGAGAGACGGUCUACCUGGAUGCCAUGGAUCACCUGUUGAUGCUGCUGCUGUUGGUGUGGAGCUCAGGACUCCAGGCUGAAGGAAAUCACACAUCAACAGAAUCUGUCAGGUUGAUGGGAGGAGUCAGUCGCUGUGCAGGAAUACUGGAGGUGAAACAUGAAGGAGACUGGAGACCAGUAGAUGGCUCUGACUGGAACCUGAAGGAAGCAUCUGUUGUCUGUAGAGAUCUGGACUGUGGCUCUGCUGUUUCUAUCAGACGGAGAGUGGAGUCCUUAGAGAGAUCUGUGUUGAGGAUCAACUCUCGCUGUAUUCUGUCUGGAUCUGAUCUGAGAGAGUGUUUAACAUCACACUCCUUUUCCAUCGUGGAUCUCACCUGCUCAGGUAAACCCAUCAGUGGCAUCAUCUAUGACAGUAGUGUAUCCUGAUUGACACACACAUGAACCAGCUAGAAUGGCAGCAGACUUGUCUGAUGAGCUGCUGCCUCAGUAAAUCAGGUGCUGAAUGCACCAAGAUAUCUUUAUAUAUGAAACCUCCAUGUCUGCUGCUUCAGGAGUCCUCUGGGCCAACCACCAACCAGCCUGAAAGGACUCCUCCUUCAGCUUCACAGCUUUCUUAUUCACUGGUUUC